GUCAGUCCUGAUACCGCUUCCUUGUAGUGUAGCUACGCCCGUCACUCCUCCUGGACGAGCUGUUUCCCCAUGGAUGGAGAUGACGGCAACGACGCAGGCGGCGACUGGAUCUGGGUGCGUCCACCGCAGGAAGCGGAAGCGGCCUCUGCGGCGGCGGGGUGGCCGGUGGAGGAUGCGCGGCCUCUGAAGGUGGUAUUCGCGUCCCCGGCAAGGUACUUCACAGACGCAGCGCCGAUCGGUAACGGCCGUCUUGGCGCCCUGGUCUGGGGCGGCGUUGCCUCCGAGAGGCUCCAACUCAACCACGACACAUUAUGGACGGGUGGACCUGGUAACUAUACAAACCCCAAAGCUCCUGCUGUUCUUUCUAAUGUUAGGAGCCUUGUUGACAAGGGACAGUAUGCUGAAGCUACAGCUGUUGCUUAUGACCUGUCUGGUGAGCAGACACAGGUCUACCAGCCUCUCGGUGAUAUUAACAUUGCCUUUGGUGAGGAUAUCAGGUAUACAAAUUAUGAAAGAUACCUAGAUCUGGAAUCUGCAACAGCAAAUGUCACAUAUAAUGUUGGGGAAGUAACAUACUCAAGGGAACACUUCUCCUCGCAUCCACAUCAAGUAAUUGCGACUAAAAUCUCUGCAGACAAAUCAGGAGCACUCUCAUGCACAGUAUCUUUAGCUACACCACUAGAUCACCGGAUUCGUGUAACAGAUGCAAAUGAAAUAAUCAUGGAGGGUAGCUGCCCAGGAGAGAGGCCUGCGGGAGAUGAGAACGCAUUUGAUCAUUCCAAGGGAAUUAGAUUUUGUGCUAUUCUCUACCUGCAGAUGAGUGGUGCCAAUGGCACUGUGCAAGUAUUGAAUGAUAAGAUGCUGAAACUUGAUGGUGCCGACUCAGUAGUUUUGCUUCUUGCAGCUGCAACCUCAUUUGAAGGACCAUUUGUCCAGCCUUCUGAAUCAACACUGGAUCCAACAACAUCAGCAUUCACAACAUUAAAUAUGGCUAGGAGCAUGUCAUAUUCACAGCUGAAAGCUUAUCACACGGAUGAUUACCAGAGUCUUUUCCAGCGUGUAUCCUUGCAACUUUCACGGGGCUCUAAUGAUAUGCUUGGAGGUAGCACUUCAGCUCACUCACCAGACAAUAUCUCUCAGGAUACCGCGGUAUCUGAUUGUGCUAUACAGAUGGCUGCCUGCUCAAGGUUAAACGAGCUUAGUAAUUCAGAGAAGCCUACGGUGGACAGAAUUGUAAGUUUUAUACAUGAUGAAGAUCCUUCUCUGGUAGAACUUCUGUUCCAGUUUGGUCGCUAUCUACUCAUUUCUUGUUCGAGACCUGGAACUCAGAUUGCCAAUCUGCAAGGAAUAUGGAGCAACGACACUGAGCCACCAUGGGAUGCAGCUCCCCAUCCAAAUAUAAAUCUACAAAUGAAUUACUGGCCAUCACUUCCUUGUAACCUUAGUGAAUGCCAAGAACCACUAUUUGACUUUAUUGGUUCCCUUUCAGUCAAUGGGGCUAAGACAUCAAAAGUGAAUUACGGAGCUAAUGGUUGGGUUAGUCAUCAAGUCACAGACUUGUGGGCGAAAACAUCACCGGAUGCUGGUGAUCCUAGUUGGGCUCUAUGGCCAAUGGGUGGGCCAUGGCUGGCUACACACCUGUGGGAGCACUACAGUUUUACAAUGGACAAACAAUUUUUGGAGAAAACAGCUUAUCCCCUUCUGGAAGGAUCUGCCUCCUUUCUGCUGUCCUGGUUGAUUGAGGGGCAAAGAGGGUAUCUGGAAACCAAUCCUUCUACUUCCCCUGAGCAUUAUUUUAUUGCUCCAAAUGGCAAGCAAGCGUGUGUCAGCUACUCAACAACUAUGGACAUGUCAGUUAUUAGAGAAGUUUUUUCAGCUGUUCUCCUAUCUGCUGAUAUUUUAGGAAAAUCCAGCACUGAUGUGGUUCAGAGAAUAAAAAAGGCACUACCAAGGCUCCCACCAGUACAAAUUUCCAGAGAUGGUACUAUCAUGGAGUGGGCGCAAGAUUUUAAGGAUCCUGAGGUUCAGCACAGACAUGUAUCCCAUCUGUUUGGUCUUUAUCCUGGACAUACCAUGACACUGGAGCAAACGCCUGACCUCUGCAAAGCUGUUGCCAAUAGUCUCUAUAAAAGAGGUGAUGAAGGCCCUGGGUGGUCUACUGCAUGGAAGAUGGCUCUGUGGGCCCAUCUUCACAACAGUGAGCAUGCAUACAAAAUGAUUCUGCAGCUAAUCACUUUGGUUGAUCCGGAACAUGAGGUUUCAAAGGAAGGGGGUCUAUACAGCAAUUUGUUCACAGCACAUCCACCAUUCCAAAUCGAUGCAAAUUUUGGAUUCCCAGCUGCAUUAUCAGAAAUGCUGGUGCAGAGCACAGGGAGUGACCUGUACCUGCUCCCAGCUCUACCCCGUGACAAGUGGCCUCAAGGCUUUGUUAAAGGUCUGAAGGCACGAGGCGGGUUGACGGUUAACAUUUGCUGGAAGGAAGGUAGCCUCCAUGAAGCUCUGCUGUGGUCUGGCAGCAGCCAGAAUUCGCUUGCGCGGGUCCACUAUGGCAGCCACUCUGCCACUAUCGGCGUCUCUCCAGGUCAAGUUUACCGGUUCAACUCGGAUUUGAAGUGCUUGAAAUCCUGGCCACUCUGAGGAUGUGCGUGUAUUGGUUCUUCAAUCGGAAAGCACAAUCUCUUAAGGCAAAAUUACCGAAUCUUGUUAAACGUGGUGAUGAUUAAACUUCCGUGUGGUUAAAUUUAUGUUGGUGCUUUUCUUUAGGGACUUAUCUUGAGCUGUACAAGGUGCUCUAUUGUGUUCAGAAAGACUGAGUUCCUCGAAUUUUCUUCUUAAUAAAGGGCCCAAAAUGCUCUACA